CAGCAGGUAGAUCAGAGACCAAUUAACAAUCAGAGACUGAGUGGACCUAGGAGUAAAUCUCCUCUUCGCUUAGAUACUAACAACUCAGGGAGGCUUCUUGUCAGAGCAGACGGCUCACUCUCCUUCUUUGCAUCCUUUCUGCUGUCUUGAGGAGCAGAUCUGAUGGCGGACUCUUGUGAACUCAGCAGCAUCCUUACCAACGUUAACUGGACGGUGUACCGGAGCAGCUCGCCAGAACCGCCGUUGCUGGUGCCGCACACGCCUCUCCCGGUCCCGACCGAGCACCUGGUGCCUCUGACCAGUGUUUACAGCUCAGCAGGGUCUGAGAAAUGGUACAACGUGGCACCCCAGUACUGGACCAGACAUCAGAUUCUGGAGUGGAUCGGGUACCACGUGGAGGAGAGCAAGUUCGAUGCCACCGCGCUGGACCUGUCCCGCUGCUCCAUGGAUGGGCCCACCCUGUGCCAGCUGUCUCGCGACGACCUGGUCUCCAUGUUCCACUCCCUCGGGGAGAGACUGUUCCACAACCUCCUGGAGCUCAAAGCCAAAUUCGGCGCAGGGGACCUGAACAUGGCCUGUGACUUCUUCAACAGUCUGUUUGAUGAAUACCCAGAAAUCCUCAACGUGAAUGGAGGGGAUGCCAACUACGAUCUCCUCAUCACAGAUGGAAGAACAGACUUCACCAGUUAUUCCCAGGAUGGGCUAAAGAUGGAGGGAGAUAUGACGCCUGUGAGUGACUACGGCUAUGAAUCCGGGCGCACGUCACCUGGUAGCCUGGACAACGCCAGUACAGGAAUGCUGAUCUUCCAGAGCCCAAACUCGCCCGACUCCCUGGGGAGUGAUUCUGACCUGGAACUCUCUGAUCUGCACAGCCCUCAGAACACAGAGGUAUACAUCAAAACAGAGAGGGGAGAGCUGGGGUCCUGCAAACGAGGCAGAGGAAGACCAAAGAAGCUGGGGCACGGUUCCGAUCGCUUCCAGACCAAGAAAAGCAAACACGCGCCGCGGGGCACACACCUGUGGGAGUUUAUCCGGGACAUCCUGAUCCACCCGGAGCAGUACGGGGGGCUGAUGAAGUGGGAGGACCGCAGGGCAGGUGUCUUCAAGUUCCUCAAGUCUGAGGCCGUGGCCCAGCUCUGGGGGCAGAGGAAGAGAAACAGCAGCAUGACCUAUGAGAAACUGAGCCGGGCCAUGCGGUACUACUAUAAGCGGGAGAUACUGGAGCGUGUAGACGGCCGGAGGCUGGUGUACAAGUUUGGGAAAAACGCCAGUGGCUGGAGACUGGGAGAGCUGGGGUCCCCGCAUGAGAGCUGAGGAGGGGAACUCACAGACAAACCCAUCCCAUCCCUGUCAUUAAAGGACAGGGAUGGGACAGACUCCAUCCCUAAUCCACACAAACUCACAUGCUUUCAUCUCCUCAUAUCUACAGGAGGUGUAUGGAAAAAUGUAAGCCAACGUUUUGGCUAAUGUAGGUUGUAUGAACCGAUUCAGUUCGAGUCCUUUUCCAAUGUCUGUAUUUUACUUUUCUGUCAAGUUGAACUUGACUGGUAAUGGGGUUAAUGGCUGGGAUACUGUUCACCUUUCCUGCUCCUUUUCAUUCUGAAAAGUAGUGGAUUGUUUUUUAAUAUAUGGAAGUUGUCAUGUCUUUUGUUCUGGCCCUGCCCAGAUGCACUCAGCACAGCAUCCCAUAUGUUUUACAGAGAGGAGAGUGCUGAAAUGUGACAAUGCUGUGCUGUAUUGUGUGAUGUCCCAAAUGUUCAUUUGGACGUAUAUCCUAGAUCACAUGUAGCGAUAGAGGGCACUUUUAAUCAUGUCCACAAUUAUCUGAGGACAUGAAGCCAUCUAAUUCAGCAGGAACUGUCAUCAAAUGAUAUUUCUUCAACAUACAACAUGUAGCCUAAGACAUCAACUGUCUUAUUAUAGUGUAAUAGAAGAAAUCAAAUAUGAAUCAAUUGCUUUUGUGAAUGACAAUGUACAAUAUUCUGCGUACAUAUGCACAUGUAUAUAGACAUAUUUAUAUAUGUUUUCAG